AUGCAUGUGACUGGUACAGGGAUCUAUGUGCUUAAAGAAAAACUAAAGGGACUUAAGGGGGAUCUCUGGAAACGGAACAAGGACAAUUUUGGUGAUUUGAGAAGCAGGAGGGAGGUGGCAGUUAGCAAAUUGAAUGAGCUGGAUGUUAAGGAGGAGGAAAUGGGACUUACUGAUGAGGAGGAGGCAACCCAGAAGAAGCUACUCACUAAGUUAUGGUCGGUUCUGAAAUACCCUGAAUCACUUCUAUGUCAGAAAGCAAGAUCUAAGUGGAUGGCGGAGGGAGAUCAGAAUACUAGCUUCUUUCACUCGACGAUAAAUUGGAAGAGGCGUGCAAACUCCAUAGUUGGGCUUUGGAUUGAUGGGGUGUGGGAGGAGAGGCCAUACGCUAUAAAAGAUGAGAGGUUUUGGGAGGUGCUGAAGGAGGAUUUUAUUAGAGUUGUCAUGGGUUUCUGGGGAAAGGGUGUUUGGCCCAGGGGUUGUAAUGCAUCAUUUAUUGCUCUAGUCCCUAAAGUCAAGUCUCCGCAGAGUUUGAAUGAAUUCAGGCCAAUCUCACUGAUAGGGUGUAUUUUUAAGGUGGUUUCAAAGUUACUGGCUGGUCGUUUGAAACUUGUUCUUGGUAAGCUUAUUGAUUCCAGGAAAUCAGCUUUUCUCGGUGGGAGAUGCAUGUUGGACAGCGUGGUGGUUACUAAUGAAGUGGUUUAUGAAGCUAAAACUCGCAAGAAGCCAGUCAUUUUUUUUAAAGUUGAUUAUUAG